AUGAACAUAUUCUUCGUUGUAAUUGGAAUUGUUGCCAUCUUUAAUUCGAUUCCCACUGGAUUAUCAUUACUUCCUUCUAAUCGAAAGUGUACAACAAUGGGACCAAUUGCAAUUAACGAUGCAGAGUGUAGAAAAUAUUACAUAUGUGUUUAUGAUAAAACAGGAUCAUUGGUCCCGUACGAUACAUCGUGUCCAGCUUCGAUGGUAUUUGACCCUUCGGUCAAAAAUUGCGUAUCAUUUACGAACUUUGUUUGUAAAACAACUUCAACAACUACAACACCAAGAUUAAUUAGAGAAUUAUGUAAUGGUAGAUUCCCAGUGAUUGGAGAUCGUUCUUGUCAGUAUUAUAAUUUCUGUUACAAAAAUGAUGUAACCACUUUGAAGUGUCCAAAUAAAUUGAUAUUUAAUCCAGCAACGCAAAAAUGUUGUACAACAAUAGGACCAACUGCAAUUGACGAUCCAGAGUGUAGAAAAUAUUACAUAUGUGAUUAUGAUAAUACAGGAGCAUUGGUCUCGUACGAUACAUCGUGUCCAGCUUCGAUGGUAUUUGACCCUUCGGUCAAAAAUUGUGUAUCGUCUGCGGGCUUUAUUUGUAAAUCUACAACACCAGCAACGCCAUGUAAUGGUAGAUUCCGAAUAGAAGGAGAUACUACUUGUACGCAAUAUUAUUUCUGUUACACAGAUAGUGUAACCACCAUCAAAUAUAAUUUGACAUGUCCAAAUAAUUUGAAAUUUAAUCCAAUAACGCAAAAGUGUGUAUCACCUUGUACAAAUCCUAAUACAUGUCCACCAUGUCCAUGA